CUUUUGUACAUACCUACAUAUUAAUUCAUAUUUCUAUUUCAUUGAUCAUAGGUAUCUUCCUGCGUUCACAACUAUUCAUUCCCAUUUGACAUAUCUCAUUCGCAAUUUCACAUUGACGUUUGGGGAUUCGUUCGAAGUGGACGAGUGUUUUGAUUAAGCUAUUUCAAAAUUACUGCUAAAAAAGAUUAGUGGACAAGAAUAUUAUAUUUCAGAAUUAUACACAUGCAAUUUAAUAACUUGUUAUAAAGUUGUAUUAUCCGAGAUUGUCAUUCAAUAUUUAAAAUACAACGUCAUGGAUACUAACACUAGUUUAGUGGUUUCCUCGCCAAAUAUAAAAUACACCGAUGAAUAUAUUUAUUCAGAUUAUAAAUAUCAGGAGUCCUUGGUAACAAGAACAGAAAGUCAGUUAGUGGUGAAGCCAUAUCAUUCUUCUUUGCAAAUCAGAACAUCUAGGAAGGUCGGAAAAGUAGGUGUUAUGCUUGUUGGAUGGGGAGGUAACAAUGGCUCCACUUUUACUGCUGCAGUUCUUGCAAACAGGCAUCAACUAUCAUGGAAUACGAAGAAUGGAAGACAAGAUCCAAAUUGGUUUGGUUCAAUCACACAAGCAUCUACUGUCAAACUUGGCAUCAAUGAGAAAGGUGAAGAUGUAUUUGUUGGCAUGUCACAACUAUUGCCGAUGGUGGACCCUGAUGACCUUGUGAUUGACGGAUGGGACAUCAGCCCGUUAAAUCUUGCUGAGUCCAUGGUACGGGCCAAGGUGAUCGACUAUGAUCUGCAGCAGAAACUGAAAAAGGAGAUGUCAGCUAUGAAGCCACGACCGGCUAUAUAUGAUCCCGACUUCAUAGCUGCUAAUCAAGCCGACCGCGCCACGAACCUGAUCACCGGCACCCGCUACCAGCAGUACCUGCAGCUCCGCGCAGACAUCAAGGACUUCCGCGAGAAGAACGGUCUGGAGAAGGUCAUAGUGCUGUGGACCGCCAACACUGAGAGAUUCUGCGAGGUGAUAGCCGGGGUGCACGACACGUCAGACAACAUCGAGAAGGCGUUACGCGCCAACCACUCUGAGAUCUCGCCAUCCACCAUCUUUGCGCUGGCUGCUAUCGAUGAAGGAUGCUGCUACAUUAACGGGUCUCCUCAAAACACUAUUGUGUCAGGAGUGAUCGAGCGCGCAGAACAACGUGGCGUGUUCGUCGCUGGUGACGACUUCAAAUCCGGACAGACUAAGCUGAAGUCUGUGCUCGUGGACUUCCUUGUGUCUGCCGGUUUGAAGCCAGUGUCUAUAGUGAGCUACAAUCACCUUGGCAACAACGACGGCAAGAAUCUCUCUGCGCCCAAGCAGUUCCGGUCUAAAGAGAUUACUAAGAGCAAUGUUGUGGACGAUAUGGUGGUCGCCAACCAUAUCUUGUACGAGCCCGGCGAGAAGCCGGACCACGUGGUUGUUAUCAAAUACGUGCCCUAUGUCGGUGACUCGAAGCGCGCCAUGGACGAGUACACGUCGGAGAUCCUGCUGCAUGGCACCAACACCAUCGCCGUCCACAACACCUGCGAGGACUCGCUGCUGGCCGUGCCGCUCAUUCUGGACCUGCUCGUGUUGGCCGAGCUCUUCUCGCGCAUCUCCUUCAGGAAGCUGCACACCGAGGAAUGGAGCAGCAUGCACGCCGUGCUGUCUCCCCUGGCCUACCUGCUGAAGGCGCCGCUGGUGCCGCCCCGCACGCCCGUGGUCAACGCGCUGUUCAAACAGCGGGCCGCCAUCGACAACAUCCUGCGAGCGUGUCUGUCGCUGGCGCCCGACAACCACAUGACGCUCGAGCACAAGGUACGUGGCAGUACUAGGCCGCCAUCGACAACAUCCUGCGAGCGUGUGUGACAACCACAUGACGCUCGAGCACAAGGUGCCUUUCUUGAUGAAGGAAUUACAGUCCGGCGCCAUGUUUGCUCAGUCCCCACCCUCCAAGAAACCAAAACUGGGCCACGAGAACGGUGAUCAGUAGACACUUAUCCUAAAUAUUAUCUCAUUUGUCUCCAUUGCAAUCUCCUUAAAGAUCUUUAACACAUCAGUAUACUAUAUUUUUUUCAAUUUAUGAUGAACUAUCCAAAGUCAAUGGCACUUUUAUGAGUCGGAUGUGUUGAAAUUCCUAUUACCUUAAAAAAGUCUUUUUCCCUUUCCUUCCAAAACUUGCAUUAGCCGAAAUCUAUAUACGUCGAAAUAAUCAGCGAGAUCUUUCUAAUUUCAGUUCUGUACUCCUCUCCUUCUUUUAAGUACACGUUGCAAUAACCCCUUGAGCUUCGAAUUAUUCUACGUUUAUAAGUAACAAGAAUCCUGUAGAGUUAGACCAUCAGAUAUAUAAUAUAUACCGACUUAUAAAACUCACUCACCUUUUUUCCCUUUCCAUACUAGACUGAAAUGCUUCUAUUGUAAUGCCAACGAGAUGAAACAAAGAAUGUAAACAAAGUUAAGGGCUUAAAAACAUUUUUAUCUGAAUAAAUUUUAUACAAAUUUUGAAUUACCUCUUCUAAUCGCUGCCGUCUGUGUUAGAAAAAGAUGAUUCGUCUAAAGAGUCCGAAUCCGCCGUAUUUAUACAAUAUAAGUCAGCAACGUUCCGUUUGUUUACAUUUUUUGUCUUCUCCCGUUGGCCUUAGUAUGGUGUGUUUAUACAUAUAUAUUUUUUUGAUUUUAGAUUUCGUUGUUUAUGUCGUAAUAGAUCUGAUAUUUAAUUUUAUUCAGUACAAAUAUUAUAUGAAUUAAAUAGUUCAGCAGUAUUAUCAUUUUAUGGUACUUAAAUUAUUUCAUUCCGUACUUUUAGAUGACCAAUUAAUUAACUUACGGAGCACAAAAUAUUAAUAUAGAAUUUGAAUUUAAUUUCUCUUUGACUAUAUUUUUUUUGGAUGAUGUGUGAAAGGAUUUUUUUGCUUCGGUUUGUCAUAGACGUACUUUACGUACGUACGUGUAUUUUGUUACGUAGAAGAUAUAUUUUUUCAAUGUAGGAAUAAGCAAAGUUGACAUUAGCUGUGAACAGCCAUUAUGUAUUAUUAUAUAAUAAUAUUUUGUUAUAUCUAGGAGUAAGACUCGUCUAGUGAAAUCUAUUUUUGUUUAAUUUUCGUUGAAUUAAAAUUUUAUUUAGAGCGACGUUUAUAUAUAUAUUCAUAUUGUAUAAUACACAUUACGGUUUGAAAUAAUUCAGUUAAUUUAUGAAAAUUACUAUUCAAGGUUAUUAGAUCGUAAUUGUUUUUAUUUACCAAUUAUAUUUGGACCCCAGAUUAUGAAAGUGAGAACAGUAAUUAGAAUGAAAGCCAUCAUUAUAUUGUUGUAGCUGUUAAAAAAAAAUUUAAUUUUAUAUAAUUAUAUACAGUUAAGAGAAGAUUACUACUAUAUUUUAUAUGAAUUGAUUUAAUAAGUAGUUUUUGCUCUUUUAUUUUAAAUAUUUCUUUGUGUAAAAGAUAAUUGUGUAAUAAUUAUUCAAAUGCAUCUGAACAAUUUAGUAAUUCGUUUUUAAAUUAAAAAGCAUUCGCAUAGAUUUGAUUAUAGAAAUGUAAAAUUGAGUCCAUAAUCGUCGAAAUCUCUGUAUCGAUCUUAAAAAAUGUACUUGAGUUGUGAAAUAUGUCUUUAGUUCCUUUUGAUAAGUUGGCUUGUUUAAAUUUCUGUCACUACUUUAAAAUAGAAGAUAAUUUUUAUUUUAUAGAAGUUUAAUUUAACCAUUUUAUGGACAGAACUUGAAAAAAAAAACAUAUUAAGAUGUAUUAAAGUUCAGAUUUGAAUGAUUCUGUUCCAUUUUAACGAAGCGGUUAAACUUGAAAACACCCACCAGUAUUAAAGAUUCAUUCAUUUUGUUUAUUUCUAUUAUCUAUUUAGAUAAUUUGAUUGGCAUUGCAUUAAUUAUGUUGUUGACACUGUGCUCCGCGGGAGACGAGUCUCAUCUCAGUAUUAACACAAAGUUGGUACAUCAGUAUUUUAGAUUUAGUUUCAUUUGCAUUUAUUUAUUUAUAACGUGUAAAACACAUUUGUUUGGGUUUGUAUUCGCACUCAAAGUUUAUUGUUUAUAUAAAUAUCUAGCGAGUAGAAUUCUACUACUUCUUCUAUUGGUUGCACUUUUAAUAAAUUUAUUUUAUCCUA